AGUGUUGAGGUUAAUAUGUACGUACGUUUCAACAACUUCAGAGAGGCAAGUUGAUUGACAAAGUUUUGUUUAAGAAGCCAGUGAGACAGGAAGACCAUAUUAGUUGAGCUGAACGCUUUGACCAUUUGCAGACACCAAGAGACAAAAUAUAAAAAAACAAAAUGGUUGUUGGUCGUCGUUGGGUACUCAAAAAUCAUUUCGAUGGCGUCCCCAAAAAGGAGGACUUUGAGAUAGUGUCCGAAGAGUUGGGAGACCUAGAGGAUGGAGACAUCAUCACUGAGACGGAGUUCAUUUCCGUCGAUCCCUAUCAAAGGCCCUACUCACGCACACUCACGCCUCCUACCACAAUGAUGGGCAGUCAAGUGGCCAAAGUUAUCGAGAGCAAGGACCCUAAUUUUCCCGUCGGUUCACGGGUCGUGUCGCAUACCGGAUGGGUGGAAAGGGCCAAAAUCAAUCCCUCCAAGUUGGCGGGUGCACGCGGCUUGUCAGGUUUGACAAAGGCCCCGGAAAUUGGGUCCCUUUCGCCGUCUUUGCUCUUAGGGGCGUGUGGAAUGCCGGGCAACACGGCCUAUUUCGGAUUCCUGGAGAUCUGCGAACCCAAGAAGGGCGAAAAUGUCUUUAUCAAUGGAGCAGCCGGAGCUGUGGGCAGUUUAGUGGGACAGAUUGCCAAGAUCAAAGGCUGCAAAGUGGUUGGGUCGGCAGGCACGGACGAGAAAGUCAAAUGGCUGACGGAAGAAUGUGGCUUUGACUACGCCUUCAACUACAAGAAGGUAUCUAUCACCGAGGGGCUUGAAAAAGGCUUCCCUAGUCCAGCAGGCAUCGAUUGUUUUUUCGAAAAUGUGGGCGGUCCGGAUUCAAGUGUGGUUCUCUCCCGGAUGAACACGAGGGGUCGAGUCUCGGUUUGUGGUUCCAUCUCGACUUAUAAUGACCAGGAGGUCACCAUGGCUCCCAGUGUUCAAGGCUCUCUCGUCACCAAGGAACUGAAAAUGGAAGGGUUCCUCGUGCCUCGUUGGAAGAGCCGAUGGAAUGAGGGCAUCAUUCAAAUGGCUCAAUGGAUCAAAGAAGGCCAGAUCAAGCCCAAGGAGACCAUUUUGAAUGGCUUUGAGAAGACACCAGAAGCUUUCAUUGGUUUGUUCACUGGUGAUAACAUGGGCAAAAUGGUAGUUCAAGUGGGAAAGCAAUAAAAACCGGCAAAAACA